CAACCAAUGAGUAAUUUAUUUAUCUAUCUAUUUAUUAUCCCAAAUUUUGGAGAAAGACAAUUGAGAGAUAAAAGCAAAGCAACUGCAUACAGUUAUAACUAUAGAACACCAAAGUCCAUCUGUGUGUGUGAGAGAGAGAACAUCGGAAAAAAAAUGGGUAGGGGAAAGGUGACGUUGAAGAGGAUAGAGAAUAAGAUCAACCGGCAGGUCACUUUCUCUAAACGAAGAUCCGGUUUGUUAAAGAAAGCUCACGAGAUCUCCGUUCUCUGUGAAGCCGAUGUCGCUCUCAUCAUCUUCUCCACCAAAGGAAAGCUCUGCGAAUACGCUACCGAUGCUUCAAUGGAAAGGAUCCUUGAUAGGUACGAGCGACACUCUUCUGAGAUGCAACAUACUUCAGUACCUAACGACUCACAAGAAAUGUGGAAACUGGGAAAUGUCAAACUUAAAGCUAGACUUGAGCUUUUGCAGAAAACACAAAGGCACUUAAUGGGAGAAGACCUUGAUUCCUUGAGUCUCAAAGAGCUUCACAGUUAUGAGCAGCAAAUUGAUUCAGCUCUUAAACACAUUAGGUUAAAAAAGAAUCAGUUGAUGCUUGAAUCAAUUUCUCAGCUCCAAAAGAAGGACAAGGAUUUGCAAGAUCAAAACAACUUACUGUCUAAGCAGGUUGAAGAAAAGAAGAAAGAGUUGGAACAACAAACCCAUGAGAUGAUGCCUUUAUUUCAUUUGGGCAUGUUAAGCAACUGUAAUAGGUAUGAGGCACGAGGUGGUGGUGACGGUGAAGUAGAAGAGAACCCAAGAGAACAACGUCAAUCGUCAACAGUUUUGCCACCUUGGAUGGUUCAACACAUGAAUAAGUAAAGAUGAUGUAAUGGUAUAUGGAUGCGUAUACAGCAAUGUCUCUCAUCACAGUCUGUGGCGAUCGGUUGUUAAAUAACAUAAUAGAUGUUAAAGGGCAUAUGUAUGGUUUCUUUUUUUUUGGUUAGUACAUAAGAUGCAACAAAUAUGGAUGAUGUUUAGCUUGAUCCUCACCAAAUUUUAUAUUAAAUGGCUUUGAAAGCUUAUUUUCUGACCUGUUUAAGGUUAGGGAAAUGGGUGGUUUCAUGCUUUAAAUUUA